ACGCUCACUACAACGAUGGUUUCAUUGACCCUCAGGGGCCAUACUGCUCAUGUUCCUCGCACCUUUACUUCAUGGGAAGUGAAGGAAGAAGGACAAGAUGAUAGGUCGUUUAAUCGAUGGACAAAUCGAGACAUUAUUCCUGCUCCUCCUGAUGAACGGAACUACACUGCGAAAGGUUACUUUGGCUUCUGGGUUGCUGCAGCAGUCAACUCCUCCGCUUGGUCUUUGGGUUCCAGUAAUCUUGCAAAUGGACUUACAGCAGGCGAGGCCAUCGGAAUGGUCUUUGUGGGAUCUGUUCUUGCUGGUUUGAUCGCUUUCGUGUGCGGCGAGCCUGGGGUUCAAUAUCACUGCGGAUUUCCAAUGAUGAGCAGAGCAUCUUUCGGGAUGUAUGGCUCAUAUUUCGUCGUAAUGCUCAAAUGCUUCGUCAACUUUAUCUAUUUCGGUAUCCAGGCGUACUGGGGAGGGCUCGCUGUGAAAGUGGUGCUUUCGAGUAUCUUCCCGUCCUUCCAGCACAUGAUCAACACACUGCCAGCAUCCGCAGCUAUCACAACAAAUGAGCUCAUUGGCUUUAUUAUUUACAUCAUAUUAUUUACUCCAUUAAUGCUUGUCCAUCCCACGAAGUACCAUAAGUACUUGUGGUAUGCCUUCGGAGCUUCUGUGGCCACGAUGGGAGGGUUGUUCAUUUGGGCCAUUGCUGCGAAUGGAGGAGCUUCCGUAUUGGGUCCGAGUAUUGUGGUCUCCAGCAGCUUCCGUAUGCUGCAAGCAGUGAGUUCCGUUGCAGGUUCGUGGACUGGGAGUAGCAUCAGACAAGCCGACUGGACUCGAUACUCCAAGACGAAGCGUGCUCCAGUUCUGAAUCAACUGCUCACAGUGCCGUUCACAAUUACAAUAACGGCCAUGCUCGGCGUUUUUGCAACAGGUGCUGUUAAAAACAUGUAUGGAAAAGCGUAUUGGCAGCCCAUCCAGCUUCUCGAGUUCUUACUCACGCACAAUUAUAAUGCCGCUACGCGAGCUGGGUGUUUCUUUGGAGGUCUUGGGUUUUUCUGGAGUCAGAUUGCGGUUAACCUGGUGCAAAACUCCGUCGCAGCGGGUAUGGAUCUAGCCUCGAUUGCUCCACGCUGGAUUGAUGUCAAAAGAGGGAGUCUAAUAAUGUGUUUUGUGGGCUAUUUGAUUAACCCUUGGCGGUUUGUUAAUGCACCGGGAACUUUCAUCACGGUGUUGAACUCUUUUGGGAUGUUCAUUUCUCCACUUGCGGCCAUCAAUGCAGUUGAUUUUUGGUUGGUGAGAAGACGAAACUGGAAGGUACCAGAUCUGUAUGUUGGGAACAGCUCAUCGAUCUAUUGGUUUGCCUUUGGGCUUAACUGGCGUGCAUUUCUGGGCUGGACACUCGGAAUCUGGCCUUCUUUUCCUGGGUUUGUGCAAGCAAUCUCGGGAAGAAAACUGGCUCCCGGAUGGUUAAAAUGCUUCCAGGCAGCUUGGUUCAUUGGAUUCUUGGGGGUGGACUUGUUUACUAUGUUAUCUGCCUAAUCUCUCCGCCGCCGGGUCGUCCGUACGUGAGGGAGUUGUUAGGAAAUGAACAUAACGAGGUUAUCGACGGAAUGGCUGAUAGUGGUCCCGACACAGCAAGUGAUCCCGAGAAGUCUCGGGUUGCUGCUUCUUCGAAAGAUGUGUAAUUGUGGGAUCGAGGAAGGAUUAACCGUCGUUUAUCCGCAGGAUUCCGUUGGAGCGGUUUUGAUCUUACGUAACGUAUGAUUAUACCUGAGAUCGUCGGUAGAAAAUCUAGUUAUGGAAAAGCUAGUUGAUGGCACACAAGCCAAAUGAGUAGUCUGAAAAUGAGAGACCAGUGUCUUCGGGACGGGCAACCGAUCUCCGCAGGUGCCAACAUCCCCACCCUUGC